GUCGCACCAAGAUACGAAUUGUGUUGAACAUAAAAAAUAGUGGAGGAGCUUACCGAACUUUUUUUGUUUUGGUUUUCGAAUAAAUGAAAAUGGGUUGCAAACUCGUCGUUUUCGGAUUAUUUUUUAUGGUAUCCGGACUUGCUGGUGAUCGUGAAAAUGUGACAGUGGUCGAAUCGAAUCAAGGACGGUCUAUUAGGGAUUCGAUUUAUAGGGGACUGCUCGUAUGUGCUCUACGGUACGACGCUGGUUGUUUCAUGGACGUCGCUCAUAAUUAUUUGGAUUUGAAAAGGACGGAAUUAUUAGUGCAAGCUGACCAGGAGGUAGCUAGGGCUACUGGUAGUACCAGCGCCCAAGCGAAGCCAUCACAAAUAGCUAAAACUAUUGAAAAACUAUUCGCAGAUCUUACUGCAUUAUUUAAAGAUGGAUUCUCCAGUUGGUUCAAUUCUAAAGAUGACGAUGAUGAAUUAUCCAACGAUAAAACUAAAGAAAUAGAAGGAGACGAUGAUGAAGAAGACGAUGAUGAUAAUAAAAAGGGAGGAAAUGCCAGUCGAGACGUCGGAGUGAUUUUCCUAAAAGUAGCUUUACUCGUGAAAAUUUUCGAAGCCGUUUUGAAAUUGAAGUUGGUACUGUUAGGAACGGGAUUUUUGAUACUUUACGUAGCGAAAAUUUGGUUGGAUCACAAAAAUAGAAAGGACGAUCAUAUGGAAACCGGCGGAAUCGUUUAUAAGAAUCCGUUGGAAGCUGGUGGGGCUGAAUGGGCGGGACCUGGAACGCCAGGGGAAUACCACGAAGGUAGAAAGAAGAAAAAAAAGAAGAAGAAGAAAUACAUCUACGCCAUCAUCAUGGCGGCAAUAGCGAAAUUAGGAUUGUUGGUGAAACUUCUUCAAGCCGGACUCCUGUUAAAAAUCGCUUUAACUACUCUCGCCAUUCUUGGAGUCUCAGUAGCUAAAUUGAUAUUUUUGAUUAAACAGGGCAAACAAAAGACUAUUUAUUACGAAAACUCCCAUCACGAUCAUCACUACGAACACGACGAUAUUUAUGAACACGAUGAACAUCACGGGUGGAAAAGAAGCGUCAGAAGCGCUAAUUAUAUGGCUUAUACCAAACAGAUUCCGUGA